AUGCCCUCGCCGCAACAUGCUCAGCGGACGGCGGGGGCUGUGCGGCGCACCCGCACCGUCCAACCCUUACCUGUCGACGAAGCACAGUCCCUCUCGUCUUUGUUCAGCAACCUUCCCUCUAUCUCGGGCAUCUCGGAGAUGGCAGGCGUUGGCGCGCUCAAGUCGUUGCUACCCAAGAGCUCGAGCCCGAGCGUCAACCCCCUUCCAGUGGAGGAAGCGGGCGGCGCUUGGACAGAAGCGGACCUCGGCGGCGGCCGAACCCGUGUCCUGCUGCUCUGGGCGCAGCGCGCCCUGCAGGUGUUCGCUUUCAGCGACGGCAUCAUCCCGGACGACCCUCAUGCUCAAGAGACCUUCCCCUCCCCCAUCGAAGUCGCAUCCCUCCCAAGCAUUGAGUAUGCUGAAGGUGCUAAAUUCUCGGCCCUUCCCGGUGCGCAGGAGUGCCGAGCGGCGCGGGGCGAGACUGUGCUCAACGCCUGUCUGCUCCACCCCGGGAUGUGGGGCGACCACGGGCCCGUUGUUGCCGUAGCAACCCUCUCACCGGAGUCUGGACGCACCCAAGCUCUCCUCGCCGUCUCGCUUGUCAGCCUACGUACUGGGCAGGCGUUCCGGCGCCUCGACAUCGGCAAUGGUGUCGCCGCCUCUGUGUCUGCGUCCGCACGCGCUAUUGUAAUUACAAUGUCGCACCCCUCACCCUCUAUUCAUGUCGUCAACAAGGAUCUUGAACCAAUUGCGCCAUCCGUAACCGGCCUUCCAGGUCACCCUCAGAGCUCGCUCCCUGUAGCCGCCCUCUCUGGCCGACUGAUUGCCUACGCCACGAGCGAACCAGCAGCAACAUCCGGCCCGCAUGGCCUUGGUUCGAUCAUUACUGCGUCCAUGACCCGCCCUCGCAUCAGCAGUGUUAGCAGCCAGGGCUCGGGUUCAACAGCCGCGCCGCAGACUACUCAGGGCGCCAUCCUCAACUCAGCCGUUGAGCUGGGUGGUGGCGUUGCGCGUGGGGUCUGGGCUGGUCUCAAGGCCGGCGCAAAGGUCGCGAGCCAGGCUAGCUCUGGCCGCAUGUCGUCGAGUGUGCCCAACGACCGUGUGCUGGAGAAUGCUUCCCCUCCAGACCCAGACACGGCCGAGAACCGGCCCUUGGAGGAUGGGACGGAGAUCGCGCCUGCUAAACCGCUCGGCGGUGUGUGGAUCAAGAUCGUCGACCUGUUCCCCUGCUCAUCCGCCGAGACUGAGCUUAUCGCGCACUUCCGCAUACCCCCUAUCCGCCACUUUGUCCCAGCGAUGCCAACACAAGGCGCUCGCUCCACCGUGGUUCGGAACCACCCUGUAGUGCUGCUCGACUUCUCUCCUGAUGGCACAAGGCUCUUCGCGGCCCCAGCAGACGGCCGGGAUUUCCAUAUCUUCGAGGUGCGACCUCGCGGCGCGAUGCUCGCACGGCCUGGCCCGCCCAAGGGCGAAGUAUGGGACACUUACGUCCUGCGCCGAGGCAACACGCCUGCCAACGUCGGCUCUGUUUCGUGGUCUCAUGACGGUAGAUAUGUGGCGGUCGGAACUGGGCGAGGUACAAUCCACGUCUUUCCUGUCUGCCCUGGUGGUGGCAAGCCGACUGCCGCAAGCCAUGUACCAUUGAAACUCACGAACGCGCACAUCCUCCCACCACUCUCUGUCGAGAUAGCGCCGUCCGCCCGCAUUCGUCCAUACCGAACGGCCUCAUCUGAGAACUUGAAGGAGAAGGCGGAGGCAGAGACCCCAAGCGGGAAAGCGGUCGCAACGUUCACGGCCCUCCGCGUCCACCCUCUGGGGAAGGGGACGCUCUGCCAGGACAUUGCAAUUUUCCGCACGGCCAAGGCAGAGCUCGACCUCGCUCGUCUAGCCGUGCACCAGAUCGCGCCUAGGUUGGCGAGUCCGCCGGCUGAGGCUCAUCGCCGGCUCAGCAGUAACUUGACUGAGAUGAUGCGGCAGAAGGCAGGUCUGCGUAGCGAGAGCGAUCUCGACGUCAAGUCGGCCGUCAUGGCGCGCUGGGCGCUGCCAGUGGGCGGCGGCGGGCCCGAGGACGUCGUGGCGCUCCCUCCUAUUAAACAGUCGUCGAAGCCUGCGUACACCAGCACUCGGGAGAGCGGCCGAGCCAACAUCCACCACGCCGAGAUCCGCACCCACAGCACCAGUCCCAGGAUCCUCCCAUCCUCAAUCUACCUCUCGCACCAGGUCGAGUUCUACUCUGCGAUCCCGACGGACGAGUUCUCACCCCUCUCAGUGCUCGACAAGGUAGCGAGAACGCGACGCCUUGUGUUCCGACCCGAAGUGGAGGUUCACCGGCCCACGACGCCUGAUACUGGCUCGUUCGACGAGCCUCUCAGCUCCGCACUACAUUCGAUGAUGGACUCGCGCCCAUCUCCGCAGUUACCAGCGCUGCCGAACGGCUCGCCCUCCAAAGCGGGUCUUUGGGGCUCGAUUCCGGUCCGGCGAGCUGCCGCCAACUUGAACGAGGGUAUUGACGCCGUGCGACGCGAGUACGCGCGCGCGCAGAGGCGCAGGCGGAGUGCAGUGGGUGGUACACCACUAUCGUUCGAGGACGACACGGUAUUCGCGACGAUCGAGGACGAUGCGAGCUCGGCACCGAGCUCGGACCCCCUACCCCCCACGGAAGGGGGGAACACGGACACUGAAUGGGGGGAUAGAUGGGAGGACGAGUAUCGUCAGGCGGUGGAAGAUGAUGGCGGCGCCGAGGACCUCGUGCUGGGGCUGAUGGACGAGGAGGAGGACGAGCGGAGACGGUGGGAGAACCGGCAGAAGGAGCUCAAGAAGGAGUACGUCAAGGAGUAG